GUCAGUCUCCCGGAGGUUCACUGAAGGCAGAGGCAGGAGACUAGGAUGAGGGUCCUCGCAGCAGCAGCAGCGCUGAUUGUGGCGGCGGUGUCCGCUCAAGAUUUCUACCGCCUCUCUUCGCCUUACUCAUUCAGCUGCAUCGACAACUUUUGCGUCAGGCAGCUGCGCACGGAGGUCUCCUCUUAUCACUCCCAGGCAGAAUGUCAACUCACGUGUGGACAUUAUGGAUCUCUACUGCCGCAUCCAACUGGCAAUGUGGAAUUGUCAAAGGAAGGAGUCCACUUCAACCCUGAACACUUCCAAGUGACAAAGAUGGCUGUUCCUGAUCAAAAAGUCUCGAAAAUGCUGGAGGAAGCAGUUCGUUACACGAAAAGAAACCUUCACUUCCUUCACCCAGACUACCAAAGCCACUUCAAAACUCCCUACACUGAAAAAGAAAAAGUCCAAUAUGUCAGAGAGAACCCAAGGCAGUUCACUCGGAAGGCAACGAAGUUCAACCAAGAAACUCCCCAAGAGCAAACCCAAGAACACGAGAUUGAUCAGACAGAGCUCUACGAGAGCUGGGAGCGAUUCUCCCCCUUCCUGGGUGAAAAAUACAGUCCCAGAAUCAAUCGACACCAAGUUAACAUGGAAAUUACCGUUAACAACCCCGUCCAAAAGCUUCGCCUCGACACUGACGAAAGCUACCAACUUGACGUCAAAACCACUAAUGAUGAGACUCUGGUGGUGAUCCAGGCUCCUACCUUCUUCGGUGCUCGUCAUGCCCUUGAAACAUUCUCGCAAAUGAUUGCAUUUGAUGACUCCAACAAUGCUCUUAUGAUCAUUAAAGAUGCAACAGUGACAGAUUCACCUAAGUUCAAGUACCGUGGCUUCAUGCUGGACACUAGUCGCAACUUCUACCCUAAGGAAGACCUGAUGCGCCUCAUUGAUACAAUGGCCCAAAACAAAAUGAACUACUUCCAAUGGCACAUUACUGAUGCUGCCUCCUUCCCCAUGUACUCUGAGCACCGCCCCGAAAUGGCAUAUUAUGGCGCAUACUCAUCCAGAAAGGUUUACUACCCUAAGGAUAUCAAGAAGAUUGUUGAAUAUGCUAGGCUCCGUGGUAUUAAUGUUGUCCCAGAGAUAUCAGGACCAGCACAGAACAAUGCAGGUUGGCAGUGGGGAGAAAAGAAUGGCAAAGGACGACUUGUCUUAUGUGCUGGAGAGAAGCCAUGGUUUGACCAUGUAAAAGAGCCUGUAGAUGGACACCUUAAUCCAGUUAAUCCUGAAGUAUACAACGUCCUCGGAGAGAUCUACAAGGAUGCAGUAGAAUACUUUGACCCAGAGAUGGUGCAUUUUGGAGGAGAUGGUGUGAGCUUCAAGUGCUGGCAAAAUUCUAAUGACAUCAAAGAGUAUCUAGCUGCAAAUGCCCUAGAGUCCAACAGUGAGCAAAUGUUUAAACUAUGGAACAUUUACCAGAAUAACGUAUAUAACAAGUUAACUGAAGCCGCAGGUCCAGAGAGAAAAAUUACCCCAAUCAUCCAUUCUUCAUCAUUUGUUCGCAACUACAUUAACAAAGAUAAUUAUAUCGUUCAAGUCAAUGAAGCUAGCUCUGAUCCUGUUGCUGCCCAGUAUGUAAAAGACGGUUAUAAGGUUAUCUUCGCCAACCUUGACCAGUGGAGAGUGGACUGUAUUGACUCAUCCUGGUAUGGUGAGAAAUCAGAAAAGUGCCCUCUGGAAGCCCCAACUUGGCGAAACUUCUAUGAAAACAGUCCCCUUGAUAACCUGCAGUCCAUUCCAAACAUCAGGGAUGGACAAACUCCAGAGAGUCUAGCAUAUAAGAAUAAUGUGCUUGGUGGAAUUGUGUUACUUUACAGUUCAGAGACUGAUGCCAAUGGCAUUGAUUCCAAGUCUUGGCCACGUGUCAGUGCCAUGGCAGAGCGCCUUUGGUCUGAUCCCGCAAAAUCUCCCCAAGGAUUUGACACGAAACUGAAGAGGCUGAACGUGCACCGACAGCGAAUGGUCGCCAGAGGCACCAAAGCCAGCCCACUUCAGCCAGAAAUCUGCUCACUAGAUGAAACAGUCUGCUACAGCAAGGAGGAGUACGCUGCCCGCUCAGCCAAUAUCCCCCAAACACCAUAAGUUUCCAAUGAUGGCAACUAGCAGUCAAUAUAAACCCUUUACCAGUGGCAUUCUACUUUACUACUGUAGAGAUCUGGACAUCAUCUUCCCUCCAGCCUUGCAACACCUGACCUCACCUCUGGGAGACUCUCUGCAUUUUAUUUUACAAAAUAUGAUGAAAGGUUGCCUUACAAAAAUAACUUUUAAUGGUCGAAGGCCAUGCCAUUAAAAAUUUACAACUUUUGUAUCUCACAUUCAUUUCAUAGCAUUGUUUUCUAAAGACCCUUCAUUCAAUCAUUCAUACACGGAUUUUCCAAUGAUCAAUAAAUUAUAAAAAUCCCAAA